AUAAACCCGAAACAUCCCCCGUUGCCGCUUCUCACUCGUUUUCUUUUUACGAGAGAACGGAUCGUAAUUCGAAACCCUAAACUCGUUAAUCGGCCGAGUGUUUCCAAUUUCAUUGUCUGCCUUCUUUGGAGUAAUUGUUAUUUGAAUUGAUCAUCAGUCCAUUCCACGAAAUGUACGGAACCGAAAAAGUCUCUGAAGAUGCUGAGCGCACCGCUUUCAGAAGAGCAGAGAAGAAGUACAAGCUGUAUUAUGAAGACACUUUUAAAUCCUCGAAGAAAAAAAAACAACCGAAGCCAGUUGAUUUAUCGGAGGUUUUGGAUUUCACGGCUGUUCUGGGCUUAUACAAACAGAACAUCCAACUUCCUCUGGGAAUUUCCGCUCUUCAAUGUGGUUUCAACGGUCCAGUUUUUUGCUUGGAAAAUCGCCCCGGGUUUUAUUUCAUUCCUGGAGCGUUGAGUGUAGAAGAGCAAUGCCAAUGGAUUAGGGAAAGUUUAUCAAGCUUCCCUCAGCCUCCAAAUAGAACAAAUCACAAUGCUAUUUAUGGACCAAUAGAUGACUUGUUUGUUGCUGCAAAAGAGAAGAAAGUAUUGGUGGAGGAAAGUUCAGUUCCAAGUUUGGAUUCUGGAGCUAAUGUUUGUGUUGGGAAUGGGGGUUCUCAUCGAUGGAAAUUUUGUGAAGGGCAUCUUGCAACGUCGAGCAGGAAGACAAGUAAGCCAGUUUCAGCUCAAGUUCUGUUGCGUAAGUUGAGGUGGAGUACCCUUGGCUUACAAUUUGACUGGUCCAAGCGGAACUAUGAUGUAUCUCUCCCACAUAACAAGAUCCCUGAAACACUUUGUCAACUGGCAAAAAGACUAGCGGCACCAGCAAUGCCUGUGGGAGAAGAAUUUCAGCCUGAAGCUGCAAUAGUAAACUAUUUUGGAUUGGGUGAUACACUGGGGGGCCACCUUGAUGACAUGGAAGCUGAUUGGAGCAAGCCUAUAGUAAGCAUGAGUUUGGGUUGCAAAGCUAUUUUCCUUUUGGGAGGUAAGUCUAGAGAGGACUCACCAUUAGCUAUGUUUCUCCGAAGUGGUGAUGCUGUACUUAUGGCUGGAGAAGCGAGGGAGUGUUUUCAUGGUGUACCUCGGAUUUUUACAGACAAUGAAAAUGCUGAAAUUGCUCCUCUUGAGUUGCAGUUCUCGCAUGAAGAUGAUUGCUCUUUCUUAGAAUAUAUCAGAACUUCAAGAAUUAACAUCAAUAUUAGACAAGUUUUCUGAGUUUUAUUGUAUUUUUAACACCAUAUUCUAGAUUUAAUUGAAGAAUGAAAUCAAUAUUCUUGCGAGAGCGAUGUUGGAGGCUAUGCCAUUCAGAGAGCAGAGGACCUAGAUUACAGAAAGCAACCUAGACAAUUUGGCAUAUGAAAUAAAUUGCAAACAAAUGCACUUUUUAUUUAUUCCACACAGGAAGCUCAUUAUAAUGUCGGUAGGGUGAGUAAAACUAGCUGAGUAAAACUAGCUGUAGAAAAUGAAACUAUCAGAGGAUAUACAUCAAAUUUUGCGGUCAGAUUUAUGAACCCCUUGUAAGAGAGGAGAGAUUAAGAAUUUUGUUGGGUCUAGUUUCAAGAUUUUGCUGUAAUUUUAGCAACAGACUGCUAUAGCUUAUGUCAAUUUGAACUGAUGCAAGUUUUACUCUUUUA